AUGUCUGCCGUUAUAAAGACGGACCUGCAGGGGCGCUCCUUCUUACACGGUGGGUGCCGGAGCUGCUUUGGGCCCCCACAGUCUCGUGCAGGGGUUAAAUUCAGAGCGCAGUCCAAGACAGACUCAGCAGAACAGAAGGAGAAGUGGCUCUCACUCCUCAAAAGUCGGAUUAAAGAAGAGAAAGAGAAGGAAGAACCUAAAACUAUUCCUCUGAGAGUGUACGGGAAGGGAAUCAAUACUUUUGCUGUUACCAAGACACUCCCGGUCAGCAACUCAGAUUCAACCAAUGAGGUGAUCCGAUUGGCCCUGCAGCAGUUCAGCAUCAUCGGGAACGUGAAAGACUACCAGCUGUGGGUCAUCUCCAAGAGGGACAACACCCCCUAUCCUCUGAUCGGUCACGAGUUCCCCUUCAGCAUCCAGAUGAGUCACGUGAGACACACGAUGUCUCAGGGCGGCGGCAGGGACGCGGACCGCCAGAGGGCCAUGCAGGCGGAGCAGAUGCAGGUGUACAAGCAGUGUCAGUUCAUCAUGAAGCCGCGACCCGCUGAGACGCUGCAUGUGUCUGCAGAGUGGUGUCAGAAGUCAUUUAAAAGGAGGCGUUCCCUCAUCACCUGGGCCUUCUGGCGAGGCUCCGCCUCUCACCAUUGA